CCAAAGGGCUAUGCUUAUAGGCGCCGGCCGCACUCGCUUACGGUGGGGGCUUGGGGUACCCUUUUGGAAGGUGGCGCUCGGGACGUCCGGACCACCGAGUUGUACGCCUCCCUCUCCACCCUCACUGCAGUACCCCGGCUCCCUCCGAAGACUGGCCUGCUAGGUGCGAAGACUUCGCUGGGACCAGACGUCUGGAUCCAUGCCUGCCCAGGAGCGGGAAGACAUGAGCGGUAACCAGCACGACAACAACGAAGAGUUCACCGAACAGCUGCGGCUCCAGCAACUCUAUGAGGAGUGCAGCGAGCUGCCCGAGGGCAACGACCCCUACACUUAUGUGGACCAAGCCGAUGGCACUGCUUACGAGUGGGACCUGGACAAGAAGGCGUGGUUCCCCAAGAUUACUGAAGAUUUCCUUGCUACAUAUCAAGCCAAUUAUGGAUUCCCUCCUGAUGAACCUGCUUCUUCUCAUCCGCAAAAAGCAAAGGAAAGUGAUAAGAAUGUAAAAGCUGGUGAGGAUCCUACUGACCAAAAAACCGCCCAAAAUAGUGAGAAAAAGCAGAAAGGAGAAAAGAGAAAGCCUGAACCAGGAUGGUUUCAUGUUGAAGAGGGCAGAAACACAAAUGUGUAUGUCACUGGCUUACCUCCAGACAUUACAAAGGAUGAAUUUAUACAGCUUAUGUCCAAAUGUGGCAUUAUCAUGAAAGAUCCCCAAACAGAAGAAUAUAAAAUCAAGCUUUAUAAAGAUAAACAAGGAAAUCUUAAAGGAGAUGGGCUUUGCUGUUAUUUGAAGAAAGAAUCGGUCGAUCUAGCAUUAAAGCUUCUAGAUGAUGAUGUAAUCAGAGGCUACAAGCUGCAUGUGGAAAAGGCUAAGUUUCAACUCAAGGGAGAAUAUGAUGCCAGUAAGAAGAAGAAGAAGUGCAAAGACUACAGGAAAAAGCUGUCUCUACAACAAAAACAGCUAGAUUGGCGGCCUGAGAAGAAAGCUGGCUCAACGCGAAUGCGACAUGAGCGGGUUGUCGUUAUCAGGAAUAUGUUCCAUCCAAAGGAUUUUGAGGAGGAUCCAUUAGUGCUAAAUGAAAUCAGGGAAGACCUCCGAACAGAGUGUGAGAAGUUUGGGCAAGUAAAGAAGGUCCUUCUCUUUGAUAGACACCCAGACGGUGUGGCCUCUGUGUCCUAUAAGGAACCAGAAGAAGCUGAUCUCUGUAUACAAGCCCUCAAUGGGAGGUGGUUUGGUGGUCGCCAAUUGCAUGUGGAAGUAUGGGAUGGUGUGACAGAUUAUCAGGUUGAGGAGACAUCGAGAGAGAGAGAAGAACGACUGAAAGGUUGGGAGUCUUUUUUAGAGAAUCCUAACACCCAGAAAGAAACCCAUUUGUUUGAUCCCGAUUCUGCUUCUGGAAGUAUGCCCCUGACAGCAGGGAAACAGUCCCCAGAAAAUAAUGCACCAAAAGGGCCAACCAAGGAGGAAGUGAAUAAUGGAGAAAGCUUCAAUGAAGAUGAGGCCCAGUCUACAGACAGCAGCCUUGGAGACAGUGAUAAUGAAGACACAGGACACCUUUAACUCCUUACAUGUGUUUUGUAGGUCGAGGUUUGAAUUUCUUUUCCAAGUUUCAGGGCAAUUACCAGUAGUUCUCUAUGAAUAUGCAUAUCGAUCAAAUGUCUUCAUGCUUACCAGUUUUGAAAUUUUUAUUCAAGUCGGUUCUUAAUAAGGAGCUCAAAAUGUUUAUUAAUUGACAAUGUCAGGGUGCAAGUGAAUCAGACAAAAUUCUCGGUCAGGUCCUUACACAUAUACUAGUGUUUGACUUUGACACUUAUGAUCAUCAAAAUAUUAAAAAGAAAUUGGCAUUUGAUUUUAAGGCUUAAGAUUUAUUUUAAAUACAUAUGAUCAUUAAAAUUUUUUUUCUGAAAAAGUUUGCUUUUUCUAAAUAAGUUAAGCUCUUUCAAAUCUGAGCUUUUAAUAUAAUUUUCCUUUUUAUCCCAAAAGCAGAACAUAAAAUUUUAUUGAACCUACAGUGUUUAGGAAAAUAUUCAAUAAUUAUCAUCAUCUGAUGUCAAAAGUUAGGUUGUUGGUGGGGGUGGUUCCAUUUAAUUUUUUUGCCCUUGCUUUAAAUUUGAUUUUGACUUCUGCGUAUGAAAAAUAUACCCUCUAAGGAGCAUAGCUUCCAUUCCUAACAGAAAGUAUCCAGUGGGAGAUUAAUAUAGCCCAUGGUCUAUCCUUUAGGUCUAUUUCUCUAUAACAUUAUAACUGCAGUGCCUUGUUAAGUACUACUCAGUAGGGUCUCAAUAAUUGUUCACUGUAUCUUUCAAAAGAGAUGAUCACAUUAUUAUUCUUAAAGGCUGGCAAUAUGAAAUCAAAGCUGCUACUUUAAGAGCUUCCUUCACUCCCAAUCAGAGUAGCAAUAAUAAUGUCAUUAUGUGGCUUUGGAGACAAUGGAGGAGAAUCCAGAUAUACAAAGCCAGUUUUCAUUUGAAGGGAAAUUUUUUUGGUGGGGGGUAGGGGUAAUCUCUGAAAUUUUAAUAAAGCCUUAACAAUUGUGCCAGAUGAAGAAUCUUUUGAAGACCAUCUCCUCUUGGGUCAAUUUGAGCUUUUAAUCAUUUGCAUUCUAUGGAAUUGAUUAGACGGCAAUUUUAAGUUCUGAAUCCAGGUCUUUGUUUCCUGGCUGCUUUAGUUUAAGGAGGAACAUGCUAGCAAUGAGGGCUGUCCAGUAACGAAAUGGCCUUAUGGUGAAUUCUCCAUACUGGAGAUCUUAAAUGAAGGCAAUUGACCGCCAGUGGUGAGAGGAUUCCUGCUUCAGCCAGGGUUGCAGUGAAUGACCUCUGAGGGUCCUUUCCAGCUCAGAGAAUUUAACUUAUAUGGCCAACAAAUGUGAGUUAAGAAUCAAAGGAAGAACUUCUCCCCCAAACUUGGUGGAUGGUACACUUAAGGAAGCAAAUAUUCAAAGUAUAAGUUGAAUUCUGAUUAAGAAACAGGCGAUCAGUGGUCUGCUUUAUCUUGGUUAUUAGUAGUGCAUGUUGUAUUGUUACUUAAAUGAGAAUCACAUUAUGAAAUGCCUUGUUGUUUGGCUUAUGUUGUCUCCUUAGGAAUUUAUCAUGGGUGACCAAAUAACAAAUGAUAGGAAAUUGCAGCCUGCUAAUCAUCCAGGCAUCGGUCAUCAGAGCUGAAAAGAAUCAGCCUCAGACUGAAUCCAAACCCCAGACUUUACUGAGGAGCCUCAGAGCACUACCUCCAUGCUCUGGGUCUAAUUCAGUCCCUGCAUUUGGGCUUGGUUGUGGGUCAAUACUAAUAUUUUCAUUUUAUUUCUAAAAAUUGAGAUAUGUAACUAAAGCAAACUUUAUAAAAACAAGGAACUUCCUGGGAAAUCUCCUCUGAAUCUGCCCCUCAAGAAACAAAAAUAUUAUAUUCAGGAAACAUUGUUGGGGGUGAUGGUGGAUUGGUGGCUCAAUGAAUAGAGAGCCAGGCCAAAGAUGGGAGGUCCUGGGUUCCAUUUUGGCCUCAGACACUUCCAAGCUGUGUGGUGUUGGGCAUUAACCCCCAUUGCCUAGCCCUUACUGCCCUUCUGCUUUAGAACCAAUACACAAUUUUUUAAAUGUUAAAAUUAUUUUAUUCAAAUUAUCAAUGCACAAUAUUGAUUCUAAGACAGAAGGUAAGAGUUAAAAAAAAUAAACAUCAUCAUUUUUGUAUAUAGGAAACAUAUAUCUAAAAUAUGAAGAAAAAGUCAGUCCUUAAAAGGGGAUUUGAAGAUGGCUCCAUUUCUGUCUUUGCAUCCCCAGUACCUCAUUCGUCUAGGCACUUGCCUUUAGGACCAGUUUGGUGAAUGGGCAUACUGAAUGAUUCUGUUAUUUACCACAAUAGUUUUGUGGAGAAAGUGCCAAGGACUGUUAUUUCCUUUUCAGAUCAAAAAUGUAUUUCAAGGCUAAAUGAAGUUAACAUGUAAAUGAGCCAUUUUAAUAGUGCUGAUUGAUUCACAAAUAGAUUACUUUUCUAGUUUGCCCUUUUUCUCUGUGUUGAACAGCCUUAGUCUUUAAAUAAAAAAAAAGUAAUUAGCCCCUUAGAAACUGGGGAGAAUGAAAAUGUGACAGGAUGUAAAUGAAUUCUCUUUUGUAUCUAAUUGGAUAAAUGAAUAGUCAGUAUUCCUUACCAUCACAUUUUGAAGUAGACAAUAUGUAAGAAUGUUGGAAAUUGGAAUUCUUCUCUUAUAUUUAAACUACUAUUUGAAAAUGCAAAGCAAUACUGCAAAGUGGGGCCAGGCCACCCUCUUGCUGGUAAUAUGGAGUGUCCUCAGCAAAGGCUGGCCUAGUGUAGCCGGACUCUGACCUCCUCUUCCCCUUCUCCCUGGUCCCUCACCCUUCCACUCAUCACUUGCCACCAUUCAUUUCUCCAAGAGAUGAAGUUGAUGAAUUUUUGUGCCAUUGCAGAAACAUUUCCAGUCUUUGGAUUUGGAAGAAAAUCCUGUUAACUUAUUCUCUUUUCUAAUCCUGGAGCUCAAUUCAUGACAAAUCCCAAUAUGCAGCAAUGAAAUCUGAUCAUGUAGUAAAUUCCUACUUGUGAACCUCUCUUGGGAGACAGCACGUCCUACUUUAUAAUAAUUGAUAGUUCCUGACAUUCGUACAGGGUGUCCCAAAACAGGAAAGAAGCUCUUUACAUUAACCCUGGAUCACAGUCUUUUAAAAGUCUGCAGAGGGCUUUUCCAUCCAUUUUCUCACAUGAGCUUUCUCAUAAGCAACAACUCUAUGGAAUAGGUACUACAGAGUUCAUCCUGCCUAUUCUGCAAACUGGGAAGCUGAGGCUCUGACAGAGGAAGUGACUUGCCCAGACAGCUGCUAAGUCUCAGAGGCAGGAUAUGAACCCUAAUUUUUUCCUGAUUUCAUUAGUCCAGGAUUUGAGCCACACAAACGUGCUGCCUCUCUGCCCCCAUUUUCAGAAAAGCUGAUUUAAGUUCAGUCCACCAUUCACUUGAUUGAAUCCCUAAUCCUGAUAGUUUUCAAAAUGCUCUUUGAGAAAAGCUGAGGGUACUAAGUGGGUGCACUAACCAGAAAUGGGGGUGGAGGGGCUUUCAAAAAUCUGACUGUACAAGAAUAAUGAUGAUGUCCAGAAGCACAUUAGAACUGAUGAGAUUUCUUUCCUUCAUGUGGAAUGAUCAAAUAAACAAAAUGAUGCCUUUGCCAAAAUGAUCAGAAUAUUUUCAAGCAGAUGUCGACUCUUUAAAAAAGAAUAUGGUUGCCAGUAAAAUGAAAUUUGGGGGACAUUAUUAUGUUCCCACUUCUUUUUCUUUCUCAUUUGUGGCACUGCUCUUUAUGUCAAAACCAUGGAAAUUCAUAAGCCUCUGUACCUUCCUUAUCCAAACAGAGAAGGAGAUUUUUAAUGUAGCCAGGGCUUGUAAGGAAGCUGCCAUUUUUAAUGAGCUGAAUUUCUCUUGGAGCAUUGAUUGCAGAAGGUCCGUUUCAACCAAUAUUUGUUAAAAUUCUUAUUAACUGCAAGGCACUGCUUCGUGCUGGAGAUGCACCCUAUUCCCCCUAUUAAAUUUUAGGUCCUUGAAGGCAAGGACAAAGCAGCUUAGAUCAGCCAACAGUCUGCAUGACUUAAAUUGAAAAGGUUCAGUAAUAUUGGUGGCAACUGAGCAGAAAAGGAGGGAUGGAGAGAGACCCCCCAAAUACCCCUCUCACUUAGAAAGGGUUCAUUGGCCAUAAUGGUUUGACUGAGGUUGUUAACUGGAUUCAGCAAAUAAUGAGAGAAGCUUAAAAAACAGACACUGAAUAUUCUACCAAAAUACUCUCUUAAGGAAAAGUUGGAUUAGAAUUGUGACUGCAAAAUGGCCUGGGAUCCCCCAAAGGAGGAAAUAAUUGUAAUAAGAUAUGAUUUCAAAUACAUGUUCAAUCUUGGAAGCAAAACGAAACCAAUAUUAAAUGUUCGUGUUGAAUUUCUUCCUUCUUGGGGGCAGCUGGGUGGCUCAGUGGACUGAGAGCCAGGACCAGAGAUGGGAGGUCCUGGGUUCAAAUCUGGCCUCAGACCUUUCCUAGCUGUGUGGCCCUGGGCAAGUUACUUAACCCCCAUUGACUAGCCCUUACCACUCUUCUGCCUUGGAACCAAUACACAGUAUUGAUUCCAAGAUGGAAGGUGAGGGUUUUAAAAAAAAAGAAAUUCCUCCUUAUUUUCCCCCUCUUUUAAAAGAUACUCUUAAUAGAAUUUGUCUUUUUGCAUGGGGUGGGGAGGUUUCUGGAGAGACCAAAGUAGACUGUAAAUACUGGGCAUUUUUCUCUUUAAAAAGACUUAAAAUUUAAAAAAAAUUCAAAGGGGAGAAACUUACAUCCAAAACAUAUUAUGCCACAUAAAUUAGGUCUAGGGGAAAAUUCUAUAAUGAUUGUGAAUCCUUCGCAAUUGCAAGUGAGCUCUAAAUCAUCAAUCUCUAAAGUUUUAAGAGUUUUCAAGUAGUCAGUUCUGGGAAGAGUGUUCAAUUGAGAACACUGGGAGUCUUCGGUUUGGGCCUUUCCAUUCACAACCAAGAAAAUCAGAUACUUGGAUCACAGUAUGACAUAUGAAUUCACUUUAGCUCCUGACAGUAAGCAUAAGCUGUCUCUCUGGGUUAAGUUGACUGGGGAAUGUUUAUUUUAAUAGCUUGAGAUUUCUGGUAUUAAGGUAUAAUGGGUGAUGAUUAUCAAGACCAACUUUUUCACUGCCAAUGUUCGAGAAUUUUGUACUUUCCCUUCAUGUUAUUUUUUAAGAAGUGAUCACAGUUUUGUAACAGGAAGUUUCAAAAAUGAGCUAUUUUGUUGUUGAUGAGGAAAUAAAAUUGUAAAUAUGGACCAAGCUCUGGAAGCCUUAAUGUAGCUGUUCAUAGCACUCUUCCAUGAUUUGUGAUCAGGUGAUGUCUUGACCUUUGUUUCUGAAAGGGGCCAUGUUUUCAACUGUCUUUGGAAUAAACAAGUUUAUGAAAAA